UUUUUCCCCUCUUUUCAUUUUCAUUUAACUUAAUUUGAAAGAGUGUCGGUUUACUUUAACAGUAGUUACCUCAAAAAGUAUUAACUUUCGUCAAUUAAACACGCGCUGUAUCUUCACAAUUUAUUUGUAAUAUAAGAGUUUUAAUGUUGUAAUUAAACGUUAGAUGGCAUUAGGUAGCUUAGUUUAAAAAAGGCUGCUAAAGUAAAAUUUUUCCGAAGCAUACUGCUUCUGGAACUUUUAAAGAGUAAUGGGAAUAGAAAAGUAAUAAGGGUAAAUCAUUUUCUAUUUGCCAUGGGAUUAAUCCAGAUUUUGAUCUGAAUAUUACUGUAGGGAGCUAAUAAAAGGCAAAAAGUUUGAAAAAUAAUUCAGAUAUUGAGAUACAGUUUCUAGAUUUCUAGAAAGUAGGCCAUGAAAUUUCACUAAAAUUUAUAUUAAAUGACAAACACGAAAGCCUUUUGUUUUCGGCUAUUGUUCUUAGACAAUGGGAAAUGAGAUAUUUUAUUAUAAACUUUCAAAAACGAGUAUGAAUAAAGAAAUUUCGAAGGAAUUUUUGUUAUUGAACUAUUUUGCUACUUUAUAGCCAAUAACCAUCGUGUCUUUGUGGUGGAAUUUAAGUUAGAGAGUACACACUUCGUAGGCAGUUUGAUAAAUUUUCUCUUGCUUUUCCCAUGAUGAAUAUUUUCGAAGAAAAUGCUCCCCUCUUAUCAGCUUAUUGGCCUUUUCUGUUUUUACCCUUAGUUGUCUUUACUUUAUUUUAUAUUUCAAUAAUGUUUAGGAAAAGAAGGGGUAUUGAUGAGGAAAGUAUAAAUGAUAUAGGAGACAUGGAUAUUAAUGAUCAAUUAAUGCUAAGUAAUCAAAGUAAAGCUGAUAGAAUACCGUAUAAGUUGCCAAGAUGUGAUAAAAAUGAUUUAAUUUAUAAAACAAAAAGUUUUUAUCAAACAAUGAACUUAAGGAGAAGUUGUCGUAUGUUUUCGAGUGAGAAAGUUCCGGAGAUAGUAAUUGAAAAUAUUAUUAAAGCUGCUGGAACAGCUCCAAGUGGUGCUCAUACGGAACCUUGGACAUUUGUUGUAGUUGAAAGACAGGAUUUAAAAAAGAAAAUAAGAGAUAUUAUUGAAGAAGAGGAGGAAAUAAACUAUACAAGACGAAUGGGAGAAAAAUGGGUUAACGAUUUAAAACAGUUUAAAACCGAUUGGAUAAAACCUUACUUAGAAGAAGCUCCUUACUUAAUAUUGGUUUUUAAACAGACUUACGGAUUCUGGCCAGACGGAACUAGAAAAGUACAUUAUUACAAUGAAAUGUCAGUUUCCAUUUCGGUAGGUAUUUUACUAGCAGCAAUAUCCAACGCAGGCUUAUGUACUGUAACCUCUACGCCUCUUAAUGCUGGAACUAGAUUGCGAGACUUACUUGGUAGGCCUAGUAAUGAAAAGUGCGUAAUCUUACUACCAGUUGGUUACCCAUCAAAGACAGCAACAGUGCCAAACCUAAAGAGGAAACCAUUACAAGAUAUUUUAUUUCGUUGCUAAAAGAGAACAGACUUAACUAUUGGAACAGAAGGUGAAACAGUAUAACCAAAAGACGAACAUUGUUGGUUUUUCUUUUUAAAGAAUAAAUUAUUUUACAUGAACGAAUAUAACGGUAAAUUGGGGAAAAAAUGAUAAUUUCUAUAUUACAAAGGAAAAAUAAGAUAACAGAGACCUAUUAUGAGGAAAAGCAAACAAACUGUCUGUUAUAGGCUGUAAAUUAUAGACUAUUUACCCUUUAUUUAUUGACUCUCUCCCAUUGUUUUCAAGUGUUCUAUAAGAGCAAUUCAUUUCUACUCCCUGAAAGCUUUCAACAAGUGUUUAGGGUUAUCGUUGAUUUUUUUAAAACACUCUAAGCAGGUAAAACAUGAGAUUAUAUUAAGAAAAUAUUUGAUAAUAUUCUUAUAAUAAUGGAUUUUUCACCAUAUUCAAUUUAACUUACAUGCUAUGUUUUCCUAAUUAAAGAUAAUUUAACAUAAGCUUAACCGUCUUUAAGUCUAUAUGCAAAUUUAUAUUGUUGCCUAACUACAAAGUAUCUUUAAUUAUUUAAAUAAUAUUUGUAUUUUGUUAAAAGUUCUUUAUAAAUAUGAAUAUAUUAGUAUAUAUAUAUACAGUAUAUAUAUAGUCUUAACACGUAAAUUUGUGUAUAACUUCUUCUAUUAUUUAAUAGUUCUUUUAAAAAAGUAACGGAGGCAUAAAUGAAUAUUCUGUACAACUUACUGCAAAAGAUCAAAGAAGCUUUUUUAUCUAGACUUUUCAUAAAAUAGUGUCAUAAAAUAUUCAUUGAUUUUUCCCCCUUUUGUAUUACAACGUUAGAUUUC